AUGGCCCAUAACACCACUCGUUACUCAUCUGAGUCAGAAGUCUUCGGUCUCCCUCUUCUUUCGUCUUCCCCAUACAAUCUGGUUGUCGUCAACCUCGCACCUCGUAAAUUCAUCAAGGCCAAAGGCAACCAGGAAAACACGAUCAAAACAUCUACCAUGUCCUCGCAAGACAUCUCGCAUUCUCAGAGGGAAAUGUCUACGCAGAACAGCAUUUCGGAUCAAGACAACUUCACGCUAGCGGGAGAGAUCGCCAAUAUCUCCACAGAAAACGCGGUUGUUGCUCCGUCUUUGACGGGCUCGGUCCACGAGCGGCAUGUUAUCAAACUCACAAUCGCCUACAAUGAAAUGGACGUUCUUGUUAAGUCCUUGAGUGCUUCCCACGAAGUCGCUGGUUACGCAAAGUUACUGUACAGCGAAGUCUACAACUUCAGCGACUUUGAAGAACUCCAAUUGCAACACAACGCCAUUGUCGCUGCCUGCGUUCAUAUUGCCUGCGGCGAGAAGAAUCAGCAACGAGCUAUGCCAGAAGUCUUCAGAUCAUCCCACGCAACGACCCAGCAAAUGCUCAUCGUGUCCGGAAAAUUGAAGGACUUCUUCGCUACCCCGCUGGUAAGGGAAUCCCUGCUCUCCGAGGAGGACAAGCGUUUGCAAUCCGCCUAUGACGCCCUCGCUAGCAUCUCGGACCCGAUUAAAAUCGCUCCGAUUGUCGUGUAUUACGCCAAACGUCUCUGCAAGAAGGUUUGCAAUUCUGGCAGCUUCAAAGACGAAGAAGAAAGCCUUACCGUUCCCUGGUGCCUAUUGAUUGCCUCCCGUCAAUUAAACGACCCACGAUCCUUUGAGGAGAUAUUCACCAUACUUCCAGGUGCUACCAAGGCCGACAUGGGAAGAACAGGGGAGUCCCUCAAGGUGUUCUUUGCUGCAGAGGAUAGGCAGGAGACUACGGAGGCGUCACAGACACAGGGAACUAUCAUGGGUGCCGGUGCAGAUGCUCGCUCCACUGGCAAAGUUGUGCGUACACUGCAGGAAUUGAUCGUACAGCUAAAUACGGAAGAAGAUUGA